AAUAAAUAUGCCACCACAUCCCCGUCUCUUCUCUACACUGAACAAAACCCUUUUGCUCUCUCAAGCAGUGGAAGAAGUAUGUAUCCUUUCACAGCAACCCAAAGGCAAGAACUUGAACACCAAGCACUUUUUUUCAAUUACAUGGUCUCUGGGAUGCCUAUUCCACAAGAUCUUCUUUUCACUAUCAGAAGAAGUCUAGAUUCUUCUUCCAAGUUUCUUCUCCACCAAGUACCACAACAUGUUGGAUGGAACAGUUUUCCUGUGGGUUUUGGGAGAAAAAUAGACCCUGAGCCAGGAAGGUGCAGAAGAACAGAUGGAAAGAAGUGGAGGUGCUCAAAAGAGGCUUAUCCAGAUUCUAAGUACUGUGAAAGACACAUGCACAGAGGGAGAAACCGUUCAAGAAAGCCUGUGGAAACACCUCCAAAUAUCUCAUCAAUCACUAAAAACACUACAAAUUCUUCUUCUUCUGCUAGACAAGAAAAAUACUUUUUCUUGGAAUCCAAUGCUUAUUCUUCUACUCCAGUCAAAGACUACAGUAGAAACAGCUAUGGGCAUUCUGGGACCUCAAGAGAUGUCAAUGAUUCUUGGCAAAUGGCACAACUGACACUCGGUGAUGUGAAGCAAAAUCCUUAUUACACCUCUGAUAUCAACAAUAGAGAGAUUGUGGAGGAUCCGCAGCCCAACAAAAUUAUGCAUCAUUUUCUCGAUGAAUGGCCACCAAAGGACAACAAAGACUCUGAGGACAAAUUUUUAAGCCACAGAACACAGCUCUCAAUUUCAGUACCCAAUCCCUUGCAUGAUUUCUUCAUGACCCAAAAUGAAAAAUGAAAAUCUGAAAAUUGGGUUGUUAAGACAGUCGUAUUCUGUUUGUGGUAUCAGUAUAACGUGUAAUCUGGUCUGAAAUCAGUUCCUUUCUUGUGUUUAUCUUUAGAAGGAUGUGAAGAGUGGGAAUUAUGUCUGUAUGGUAACUGGGGGAAUCACUUGGAUUUUACUUUUAUUUCCUCUCUACUAGUGUAGUUUUUAUUUUGAUUGGAAGGGCAUCUUCCAAUUUUGCCACAUGUUAUGUACUUUUUAAUUGGCAGAUAGAUUCACUUCUUGACUGUA